CUCUCUCUCCCCGGCGAUUCUGCGAACGCGAACCGCGAGCAAACCAGAGAGCGCGCCUCGCUGGCGAUCGGAGCGAAGGAGAAUGUACAAAUCGAAGCUGCAGGAGCUGUGCCACCAGCGAUCAUGGAGCCUGCCGGAGUACGCUGCCGUGAAGGAAGGCCCCGACCACAUGCCCAGCUUCACCGGCACCGUCUCCGUGAACGGCAGCUCCUUCCGGACCCCGCACGCCUGCAGGUCCUCCAAGGAAGCCCAGAACGAGGCCGCCAGGCUCGCCUUCGACCACUUCUCCGUGCCGCGGACUCCUCCUAGGGAGCCGCCCCGAGCCGCUCCGGCUCCGGCUCCGGCUCCGGCUCCCCCCUCCGCCUCCUUCCGACGACGGCAGCGACGACGCCGCCGGCGCCUGUGCUUCAAGUGAAAAUACAAUGUUACACAGUAUUUUUGCCAUUUUAGAGAAAGUGCAGCCAAAACCACCUGACAGAAAUGAAACGUCAAAAGUGUAUGAGAGCCAUACGCUUGCCAAUUUGGAGAAAGAGCAGCCAGAACUACCAGAGAGAGGUGAAAUUUCUAAAGCUGCUGAGAGCAGCUCAAUCGCCAACAAUAAUACAACUGUAAAAGACAUGCGGCAUUUGUAUAAAAAUCAACUGCAAACAUUUGCUCAAAAGAGGAAUCUUGCUCUGCCUAUAUAUUGUUCUGAGCAUGAGGGUCCACCCCAUGCUCGUCGCUUUCGGUGCCAAGUUUCAAUAGAUGGAAGAACCUUUGGAACUAAGGAGUUUUAUAAUACAUUGAAAGAAGCCGAACAUGCAGCUGCCAAGAUUGCUCUGAUGUCCAUGUCGUCUGAUACGACUCAGGAGGUUGAUUGUGGUUUAUACAAGAGUCUUUUGCAAGAAUUUACCCAGAAACAAGGUCGUUGUCUACCGGUUUAUGAUACAACCAGAGAUGGUGAAAGUCAUACACCAAUUUUUGUUUCGACUGUGGAGAUAGAAGGAGAGAAUUUUACAGGGCAAGAAGCAAAAACAAAGAAGAUGGCGGAGACUAGUGCUGCAAAAGUUGCUUACACCAUUCUCAAAGAGCGUAUAUCUGGAAACAAAUGUGUAAGCUCGACUUCCCAAUCCCCUGUGCUUCAAAGAGAAAAGGCGGUUUUGUCAUCAUAUUGCUUGCCAGCAGAUGACAGUAUUGGGUACCAGCAGAAGGUCACAACCAGACCUACUCCUGACGUGAUCUCAAAUCAUAGUGGUCCUGAUGAAAAACAGAUUGAUGAUAAUGAGAAUGUUGAAGAUAGCAACCACAAUCUCCCAGGUCUAUCUAGUGGAUUAGAUAUAUUCGAAAGGGGAUCUACUGAUCAAUUCAUGCCAAACAUGUCAAAUGCUCAUUUGAUGGAUCCCUACCUAGCUGUUCCCUCUUCGUCUGAAGAUGCUUCAUCCUCAUCCUCUUCCCUUCCCAAUUCUGCCGAUGUGGUUAUCGACUCCACUGUUCAGCUGCCAGCUGAAUUGAAUGGCUCAUCAUGCAAAGUGGUUAGGGUGUAUUCACGUGCAUCAAACAUGGCAUUUCCUGAGCACAGAAUAUUCCUGAGGGAUGAUAACUGGGUUGCUGCAAGUGCAGAUCCAAGUUACAGGGGCCAUGCGGCCUGAACUUAAUUGAAUAUCUUACAGGUCAUGGUUGUACAAGGCAUAUUAUUUUUAGGAGAUCUACUUUUAAUCAUCCUCUAUAAGUAGAUAGAUGGAAUAGGUUAUAUUAUGUGUGAAACUGGUUCUCUACAGCAGAUGGUUUUGUACUCAUAGAUUAAGCUCUCUUUUGGAGGUUGCUUUUGCGCUUGAAGCUCUUGAGAGGAUCUUUUCAGUAAGAGGGCUGCUUUAUGUUAUCAAUGAUGCAGGUUCUGAGAGGGAUAUUUUGAAAUACUAUGAAAGCCAUAAGUGUUAGGUCACUCUCAAUUUCA